AUGGAAAAUUUUCGCGCCAUAAUGUAUUACAACUUUCAAAGACAAUUAUCGCAACAAGAAUGCCUUGCUGAGUUACUGUCUGUUUUCGGCAACGAAGCACCACAUCAGUCGACAAUUUCCCGUUGUCUUAGCGACGAUCCCAGGGUGGGUGCACCAAAAACCGCAGUCACCCAGGAAAACCUCGAUGCUAUAAACAUGUGGCAUAUCGCGAGAUUGAGACGUCCUUGGAAAAUUUUAAAUGAAGAAUUAGGAGUAAGAAAAUUAGUUUCUCGUUGGAUACCCCACCUGUUGACUGAAGAGCAGAAAGCAGCCAGAGUUAAUUGGUGUCAAAAAACGCUUGACCGUUUCAAUUCCGGAAACUCAAAAAAUGUGUACAGCAUUUCGGCUGUUUGGGUGUUCCAAGGUGAAGAAAAGCCAACAAAAGUCAUCCGUUCUCGAAGUGUUUCGAAAAAGAUGGUCGCGACAUUUGUGUCAAAAGCGGGUCAUAUUGCAACAAUUCCUCUUAAUGAGCAAAGAACUGUUACUCUUCGAAAAAUCAACCCCGAAAGAAGAAUCAUCCUCCACCAAGACAAUGCAGCCCAAAAAACAAGGCAGUAUUUAACGGAAGAAAACGUGGAAUUAUUGGACCAUCCUCCAUAUAGUCCCGAUCUAAGUCCUAACGAUUUCUUAACUUUCCCGAAAAUUAAAAACAGACUGCGUGGUCAAAGGUUCCAGUCACCAGAAGAAGCAGUUGACGCAUUCAAAACUACCGUUUUGGAUCUGCCAGCAAACGAGUGUAUUAAAUGCUUCGAAAAUUGGUUCGAGCGCAUGCAGUUGUGUAUUAAUCUUCAAGAAUCGCUUUUACCAGUGGUGGAAGAAUGUUUGACAUCCGGCCAAGAUUUUGCGUUUCAGCAAGAUGGUGCAGCGUGCCAUACCUCAAAAAAGGCUAUAAAAUGGAUGGAAGAAAAUAGUGUACCACUUUUGAAAUGGGUUUCUAGCAGUCCAAAUCUGUCACCUAUUGAAACUUUGUGGCACGAGAUGAAAAAGGUUCUACGACAACAUCCUGCUCGUAUAAUCACCGAACUGAGACAAAAGCUUCAAGAAAUAUGGGAUUGCUUUAUACCAAAUUUUUGCCAAAAAUUGCCGUAA